AUGGCGCAGCUUCUCAAACUCCUCGCGAAGAGGAAUACUGCGGUAGCUUCGAACCCCCCCAAUGCAAACAUUGCCAUCAGCGAAAAUGGUAGUUCUUUCCUUUGGGCCUGGUUCUGCAUCUUCAUGGUAUUCCUGCUCGUGUUCACUGUAUGGUCAUACACGACACGUCGCGCGGGCCGUCGGGUCUUUCACUGGCUUGCAGUGUUCAUCAUGAUGGUAUCCACGCUGAGCUACUUUCUGAUGGCGAGCGACCUAGGGUCAACACCCAUACACGUCAGAUUUAACGACCCGACGAGCUUCACACGGCAGGUGUGGUACGUGCGCUACGUCGAUUGGGCACUCACAGUACCGGCUAUGAUGCUCCUCCUGACUUUGGCCACUGCGCUGCCUGUCUCGGAGAUCAUCUGGAUCAUGUUCCUCUCCUUGUUCAUGAUCAUCUGCUGGCUUGUCGGCGCAUUGAUCCGUUCCAACUACAAGUGGGCACUUUUCAUUUUUGCCGUCAUCACAUACUUCUGGUUGUUUAUGCACCUUUGGACGGUUGGAGUCCGAGGCGCCCGGAUACUUGGUCGUGAGACCCGCAGUCUCUUCCUCGGCAGCACGAUCUACCUGUUCUUCUUCUUUUUCCUCUACCCGAUCGCCUGGGGACUCUCUGAGGGCGGCAACCGUAUCACACCCACAGCCGAGGUCGUCUUCUACGGCAUCCUUGACCUUUUCACCAAGCCCAUAUGGCUGACCUUCCACAUGUGGAGACUCAAUCGAAUUGACUACGACAUUUUCCACCUGGCAUCUGGCAAAACGACCUUUGCCGGCGUCGAAGCUCAAGAAGCCCGUGCUCUAGAGAAACAGGCCGAGGGCACUAGUGCCGCAGCUGCUGCCCCUGCAGUUUCGGCUGCUGGCACGGAGGAUCACCACGGUCAUGCUGCGCACGGCACCUUGGGCCAAGGUCACGGCCACGGUCACAACCAAGGCCACGGCCACAACCAAGGCCACGGUCACAACCAAGACCACGGUCACAACCAAGGCCACGGUCAAAAUCUUGGUCAAGGCCAUGUCGGCCACAGCGCUCCAGUCUAUGCACAUGACAGCACUAGCGGACAGGCCACUCAGCACGAGGAAGUCGGGCAGGUAACGGCCUAG